AGUUUGUGGCGGCGGGGUGGUGGGGGGGGAGGUCCCCCUUGGCUGGAGCAUCUCUAGGAGGGGAUUUUGGGGGGGUUUAACCCCCCCCUAUCCCAUUUAGGGUCGCUGUGCAAGGUGGGUUUAAGCCCCCUCUGUUUUUCUGAAAAGGGGUUUUGGAAGGGUUUAAACUUCCCCCCACACACACUUAGGGUAGCUCUGCAAAGGGGUUUGGGGGGUUCCCCCCCCCCCCCCAUUUGGGGUAACCCUGUAAAGGGGCUUUCAGAGGGUUUAACUCCCUCCCCACCCCGGCUCUCUCUGUAAGGUGGGUUUGGGGGGUUUAAUCCCCCCAACCCAUUUGGACUAAAUCUUGUAAGGGGGGUUUGUAGGGGUUUAAACAUCCCCCCCUUAUUUAGGGUAGCUCUGCAAGGGGAGUUUGGAGGGUUUUAAACUCCGUCUUUCCCUUACUUAGAGCAGCUCUCUCAAGUGGGUUUUGGGGGGUUUAAACAUCCCCCAUUUAGGGUCUGGUAGGAUUUAACAUCCCCCUAUCUAGUGUAGCUUUACAAAGGGGGUCUGUGGGGUUUGUGUCCCUCCCUUUUACCGAAAUUUUCUCUGCCGGGGGGCGGGGGGGGACGCUGUGGGCUCACAUCUGGCCAGAUGUUAAGCGCAGGGGGCUUUGCAGCAGAACAGAGCAGGGGUUAGGGAGGGUUUAAGCCCCCACUUAGGACAGGCCUGGGGUCUAAAGGAGGGGUCACCGAGCCCUUAAACCCCCCUGAGCCAAACGCUGUGAGCUCAAGCAGGAGCCCCCCAGCUCCAGCCCCCCAUUCCCUGCCUGUGGAUGUCGCAUCCCUGGAGAUGAUGCCCCCCGAGGAGGAGAGCCCGGAUGGGGACAGGGACAGUGGCCUUGUCCUCCUGCAUAGCCCGAAGAGCGGCAGCACACGGAAGCAGGGCUGUGACCCCUUUGCCCAGACCCAGCGCAGCAAACUCCAGCACCGCCGGGCCCGGAUCAACCAACAGAUCAACAAGGAAAUGCGGAUGAGAGCGGGAGCAGAAAACCUCUUCCGGGCCACCAGCAACCAUAAGGUGAAGGAAACGGUGGCUCUGGAGCUGAGCUACGUCAACUCCAACCUUCAGCUCCUGAAGGAAGAGCUGGAAGAGCUCAACAGCAGCAUGGACGUGUAUCAGAACGACAGUGAAUCCAUCAGCGUUCCCAUGAUCCCUCUGGGACUCAAGGAGACCAAGGAGCUGGAUUUGUUGGUACCACUCAAGGAUUUCAUCAGUGAACACUAUGGAGAGGAGGGUGUCCUGUUUGAAAAGGAAAUCAAGGAAUUCAUGGAGCUGCGACAGGCCAUGCGCACCCCGAGCCGCAACGAGGCCGGAUUGGAGCUCCUGAUGGAAUAUUACAACCAGCUCUACUUCCUUGACAGCCGGUUCUUCCCUCCCACCAAAACCUUGGGCAUCUUCUUCCACUGGUACGACUCCCUGACGGGGGUCCCAUCCCACCAGAGGGCAUUGGCCUUCGAGAAGGGAAGUGUCCUCUUCAACCUCGGAGCGCUGCACACCCAGAUCGGAGCGCGGCAGGACCGCGCCUCCCUGCCCGGCCUCAACCAGGCCAUCGAUGCCUUCCAGAAGGCAGCUGGUGCCUUUAACUACUUGAAGGAAAACUUCUCCAACGCUCCCAGCCUUGACAUGAGCGCCGCCUCCCUGACCAUGCUGGUGAGGCUGAUGGUGGCCCAGGUCCAGGAGUGUGUCUUUGAGAAGAUGACCUUGCUGCGUGCCCAGAACGACUUCCUGUCCCGCCUACAGCUGGCUCAGGAGGCAGCAAGGGUGGAAGAUGUUUAUUCUGUGGUGCACCAGACCAUGAGCCAGCCCCACGUCAAGGAUUACGUUCCCUUCUCCUGGACCACCAUGGUCCAUGUCAAGUCGGAGCAUUUUAAAGCCCUCUCCCAUUAUUUCGCUGCCAUCGCUCUCUGCGACUGCCCUGCUCCCUCGGAUGCUGAGCUGCCGGAGCAGGAGAAGGCUUUCCUGCAAUUCCAUGUCACCAUGCCAGAGGGGCCGUCACUCAGUGUCCUGCUGCAGGAUCCCGAGGAGAGGAGGAAGCUAGGCAAAGCUCACCUCAAAAAAGCCAUCAUGAAGCACGAGGAGGCCAUGAGGAUCCAUGGAUUGUGCAAGAUUCUAAGGAAGAUGGAUAUCCUGCAGGAGGUCCUGUCCUUUGCCCACAAACGCUCCCUGAGCAAAUACUCCGAGAUUGACCACGAGGAGGAUUUCUUUGAGACGGGAGAAGCUCCGGACAUCCAUCCCAAAACUCACCAGAAACCCGAAAUCAAAUCCCCCAACUUCUCCCAGGUGAAGGUGACCGACCUCUUCCACAGGCUGGGCCCCCUCUCCGUGUUCUCAGCCAAGAACAAGUGGUACCCAGCCCGGAGAGUCCACCUGAUGAGAGGAGAGAACGGCUUUGGAUUCACCCUGCGAGGAGACUCCCCCGUCCUCAUUGCCGGGGUCAUCCCGGGGGGCUGCGCCGCUGAAGCCGGCCUGAAGGAGGGUGACUACAUCAUCUCCGUGAAUGGCAAGGACUGCAAGUGGUCCAAGCAUGCCGAGGUUGUCCAGCUGCUGAAGAGCACCGGGAAGGAGGGGGUGGACAUCGGAGUCAUCACCCUGCAGGGCUCGGAAUGUCCCAAAGCCCAGGUGGACAGGAAGGCAGCAGUGAUGUCCUCGGGAUCAGGGAUGCUGAAGAGUGACAAGGAGAACAGCAGGAAGAGCCUGAUGAACAGCAAGAGCGCCAGCACGCUCCUGGUGUGGAGCAAGAAGAGCAAGCGGAGCAAGAAGAGCACCUGCAGCGGUGUCCCCUUCACCGCCGUGGGGGACAACGAGGCCAUGUACUGACCACACGCCGUGGUGUCCCCUGAGCUCCAGGACUGGCUGCCCAGGAAGCUUCCCAACCCUGGCUGGGCUGUGAGGACUCCCAGACCCAGGAAUGCGCCGCUGGUCGGAUCCGCGCCGAGAGGUGAGCGAGGCACCUCCACUUCCCAGCUCCUGCAUCCAACGAUCCCCUCAAUCUGGGAGAAAUUUGGGUUUAUUGUUAAUUUUGGGAUUCUUUUUUUGCUCUUAAGGGGGGUUGGGGGGAGCUGUGCUAAAGCAGGGCCUGGUUUGUGUCUUCUGCUUGGCCAAAGCCAGCCCCAGCCAUUAAAGCAAAAGUGUCACCUUCUGUAGCAUCUCCUGGGCUUUCUCUGCAAGGUGCAAGGUGGAACUGCUCUCCAAGAGCUGCUGAAGGAGCUGAAUCCUCCCAAAACCCCUUUUUUGGGAGAGGGGACAGCGCGGGCAUCGAUGACUUGUGGCAAUCCCAUCACGGGGUCCAACCCCAGCAGCAUCUCCCAGCUGGGGCUCUCCCAACAAAAUGGGUUCAAAUUAGGAUGGUUUGACAAUUUUUAGUACUUUUGGGGUGGUUUUUUUGGGGGAAUGAACCCCCAGCUUGGCUCAGCAAAUCCAGCCCAGCUGCCCAGCCAGAGUCUUUGGAAGAAAAGGGAAGGACUUAACGUGCAGUUGUUGUCUGGCUUUUUUAAUCAGGAGAGGUGGAUUGCCCUAAAUAUUCCGUGAGGAGAUUAAUAGCUAAGAGCCUUGGGGGGGUUUAUUUUUCCUGGGAGGAGAUUAAAAUUCCAGGAAGAUAUCUCCUCCAGAUUAUUAAACUCCUAAAUUUGUGCUACUCUUGGAUCUUGCACACGUUGCUAAUUCUCUAACGCUGCUGUCAGCGUUCCUGGGCUGGCCUGAUGGAUCCAGGCAUCUUGGUAAUUGUCCUGGAAACGCUGGGAGACUUCAGAUCCACAAAACAGAUUGGCAAAAUUUCCUCCAUCCUGUUUCUGCCUGGUGCAUUGUUGUUUUUCUGAAAGCUCAGGAGUUGUCCGGCCUUCAGUGCUCGGAUGAUCUUGGGAGGUAUAAAAUUCCCUCGGGAGAGUUGGGAUUGUAUUUUUGUACUUUUUAAGGAAUUUUUAGGGGCGGUUUAAAGGAGCAGCGGAAUCUCGUCAUGACAGCACCCCUUGGGGUUGGGACUUCUUCUCGGUGGCUCCUUGUCCACUUGCCAAGCUCUUCAUCCUGAUUUUAUUUAAGGAAAACUUCCAGAAACACAGCCAGGUUGGACGAGGUUGGAGCAACCUGGGAGAGUGGAAGUUGUCCCAUGGCAGGGGGUGGAACAGGAUGGGCUUUAAGAUCCCAUCCAAGCCAAACCAUCCUGGGAUUUUAUGAGCUCCGGGAGGGGGUUUUAGCUCUGUUGUUGUCCAAGAGGCCUCUCCAUAGCCUGAGGCAUCACCACAGCGGAUUCCGGAUCCGCCUUCCAGCAAGGGGCCAUCUGGAGCAGCCAGACUUCCCACGUCAUCUUCCCGGCUGCUCGGCGUGGGAGCGGGAAGGAAAGGAGGGGGUGGGGUCGCAGAAAAGGCCACCUUGCCCUUAAAACAUCCCAGCAGCAUCUUUCCACCGUCCUAAAAACGUGGGAUGCCACCACAGACGUCUCCAAGCUGGAGAGGGAUUUAUUUAGGAGAAGCCGUCGCGCUCCGCCCGCAUCACCCAACCCCGGCGUUGGCGAAGGGGUUGGGUUUUGUGGGAUUGGGAUCAUUUUCCUGAUUCCAGGGUUUUAUGUUGGGUUUGGUUUGGUGGGUUUUUUUUAAUUUGUACAUGGAUUCUCACCUUUUACAGAUUAAAAAGCACUGAUUCAAA